CUUAAGGCAAACUCACAGGGCUGCUUGGCUCAGCUUUCGCAGAUUCUGGAUCCGAUCAGGUCUCCCCUGAGUAUUUUGAGCCUCUCUGCCCACCUGGCUCAGCUGAACUUCACAAUUUUCAUGACGAUUUGCUUGCUGUUUUCUGGCACUCAGAGGAUUUUCACUGGAUGCUGAAGAGAGGGGGGGGGGAGAGAAACGGCAUCAGUGGUGGGUGUUUCAAGCAUCUUUUUAAUACUGAUGCCAGCUGCCUCGACAAGUAGGCAGAUCUCAGGCAAUGAGGGGGGACAGGCGGCAAAGAGCCUUAGCAGCCCUCUCUCUCAGUUUCAUCUCAUUAAUCUUCUCCAUCACAGCCUUCAGCAGCAGCUAUUGGUGUGAAGGGAUCAAGAAAGUCAUCAAACCUUUUUGCAACGAACUCCAGGAUGGCCCCCACUGCAUCCGCUUCAACAGCUCCGGGACAAACAAUAGCAACGUGGUUCAUUACAUCUGGGAGACUGGGGAUGACAAGUUUGUGGACCGAAAGUUUCAUGCUGGUAUCUGGUAUUCUUGUGAGGAGAUUCUCAAUGCAGAAGGAGAGAAGUGCCGAAGUUUUAUCAGCCUGACACCCCCAGCAGAUCGAGGGGUGUUGUGGCUAUCUAUUGCAGCAGAACUCCUCUACAUUACUUUACUCCUGAUGGGUGCCAGCCUCAUGUUGAUUGAAAUCUGCCAUUCCAUCAGCGUCCUUGAUGGGCUGAAACUCAAUGCCUUUGCUGCUAUAUUCACCGUUCUAGCAGGCCUCCUGGGAAUGGUGGCUCAUAUGAUGUAUACAACUGUAUUCCAAAUGACUGUCAAUCUUGGUCCAGAAGACUGGCGCCCACAGACCUGGGAUUAUGGCUGGUCUUACUGUCUUGCAUGGGGCUCCUUUGCCUGCUGUAUGGCUUCAUCCGUGACCACAAUGAACCGAUACACAAAAACUAUUCUGGAGAUCAAAUAUAAACAGAAAAAACUGGAGAGAAGUUUAAAGAUGAAACCCAAAUACUCAGAUCCAGAAAGAGGAUGGACGAUGUACAUUGACACUGUGCACAGCACAGCUGGAGACUUCAUGCACCACCUGACGGACAUUCACACCCCGGUCAACCCUACCGCAUUUUCAGGAUUGAAUAACAUUCCUUUGGCACAUUGUGAAGAAUACUGUUAAACCUUGGCUUCUGUAGAAAGAUGGAUGAUUGGCUUAGCCAGUGCUGAUUUGAGGCAUUCUUUUGUAUGUCAAAGACUGAUAUUCUAACUGCAAAACAUGUUGGUGACUUACAAAGGAAAGGAGCAAACAAAAAGAAAAGCCUUCUUUCUUUUCAUCUCUCCUCUCUUUUUGCUCUGGUUCUGAUUGAGGGCAACAUCUAGUCAAAAUUAAGCUCUAAAGUUGCAUUGAUUUUUAGCUGGCAGUGAUUGACAUAACCAUUCUAAACACCAGAAAUAGGUCCCUUUCUGUGAGAUUUAAUCCCAGGUAAGUGAACAAACACUUGCUUAGCUCUCCUGCUGAAAUGAAUAGGACUUAAAAAUAGCACCCCAUUUAGGCAUUUUGAGAUUUUGAAUGCAGUUGUGAUUAUCAUCAACAGCAACAAUAAUAUGAAAAACAAUAAUCUCACGCAAGGAUGACUAUAUGUAUUUUUUAGUAAGGAAAAGGAAAUGCCACUAUUCGGAAGGAUCUCAUAUCACAACUAAACUAAAACAGAACUGAGCUUUAAAGGGAAAGAUGU